UACCCGGAAUAUUUCCUUUCACACACAAAUUUCAAACUGUAUAAUCUACUUGCAAUCUUUUUCACCAAAUUCCUAUCCUUACAUCAUCAUGAUUUCAAUCCGAUCCCCAAACCCCUUAUUCCCAAUUCAAUAAAGACAGCUACUUUAUGUUAUGUUAGGGUUUUGGAUGAGUGUGUGAUGAUAAUGGACAAGUACGAGCUUGUAAAGGAUAUAGGAUCUGGGAACUUUGGAGUUGCCAGAUUGAUGAGGAACAAGCUUACCAAAGAGCUUCUUGCUAUGAAAUAUAUUCAAAGAGGCCACAAGAUUGAUGAGAAUGUUGCUAGAGAAAUCAUAAACCACAGAUCACUUCGGCAUCCAAACAUAAUUCGAUUUAGAGAGGUGGUACUCACUCCGACCCACCUUGCUAUUGUCAUGGAGUAUGCUGCCGGAGGCGAGCUUUUUGAGAGAAUUUCAAGUGCUGGAAGAUUCAGUGAAGAUGAGGCUCGAUACUUCUUCCAACAGCUGAUAUCCGGAGUCCACUACUGCCAUUUCAUGCAAAUAUGCCAUAGAGAUUUGAAGCUUGAGAACACUCUUUUAGAUGGCAGCCCUGCACCACGGCUUAAAAUCUGUGAUUUUGGCUAUUCAAAGUCAUCUCUGCUGCACUCACGACCCAAAUCCACAGUUGGUACCCCUGCAUACAUUGCUCCUGAGGUUCUUUCUCGUAGAGAAUACGAUGGCAAAACAGCAGAUGCUUGGUCGUGUGGAGUGACCCUUUACGUGAUGCUAGUGGGCGCGUACCCUUUCGAAGACCAAAAAGAUCCCAAGAAUUUUAGGAAGACGAUUCAACGCAUAAUGGCUGUUCAAUACAAAAUUCCGGACCAUGUUCACUUAUCUGAAGACUGUAGACAUCUUCUUUCUCGGAUAUUUGUCGCCAAUCCAUCCAAAAGGAUCACCCUAAAGGAAAUUAAGAGUCAUCCGUGGUUUCUAAAGAACUUGCCUCGGGAACUAACAGAAGGGGCACAGGCUGCAUAUUACAGGAAGGAAAACCCGACGUUUUCUCCACAAAGUGUGGAGGAUAUCAUGAAGAUUGUGGAAGAAGCAAGGACACCUCCGCCAGUUGCACGUUCCCAUAGCGGGUACGGGCGGGGAGACGAUGACGAAGAUGAUGAUGAUGAUAAAGAAGAUGAUGGAGAAGAAGGAGGUGAAGAUGAAGAUGAAUAUGAUAAGAGAGUGAAAGAAGCUCAUGAAAGUGGAGAAAUUGGUCCAGUAUAACUGUGGAAAAGCUGUGUGAAAAUGGGGGGUAAGUUUGUAAAUGUGUGGUGAUUAUGUUAAAUAGGUUUGUUUGGCUUGUGAGAAUUGGGUUAUUUUUGUUAAAAAUGAUUAUAUAUAUGGUUGUGUUUUUGUUUCUA